CUCUUAAGGAGGGAGCGUGAGUAAGGCUACGCCCUAGCCUACCCGCGGCCGGCUCCGCGUCACAGGAACUUCAGCACCCACGGGGCGGACAGCGCUCUCCUCCACCUGAAGACCUGACUCCCGAGAGCCUUGAGCCUUUCUAAUCCCAUUACUCUAGAGCCGCGUCUAGCUUCGCCGGCAGCUGGGUCCCUACCACUCUUCCUCCCCGCACCCACUCUCCUAGCUCUUCCUGUUUUUGCUCCUCUCUUUCAUUCAUAACAAAAGCUACAGCUCCGGGAGCCGGCGCCAGGCUGUUUCUGAAGCCAAGAGUGGAAGAAUGGGGUUCCUUUGGACCGGCUCUUGGAUUCUGGUGUUGGUGCUUCACAGCAGUCCAAUUCAAGCUUUCCCCAAACCGGGAGGCAGCCAAGACAAACCCCUACAUAAUAGAGAAUUAAGUGCAGAAAGACCUUUGAAUGAACAGAUUGCUGAAGCAGAAGCAGACAAGAUUAAAAAACCAUACCCUCCAGAAAACAAGCCAGGUGAAAGCAAUCAUUCCUUUGUUGAUAACUUGAAACUGCUAAAGGCAAUAACAGAAAAGGAAAAAAUUGAGAAAGAAAGGCAAUCCAUAAGAAGUUCCCCAUAUGAUAAUAAAUUGAAUGUGGAAGAUGUUGAUUCAACCAAGAAUCGAAGACUGAUUGAUGAUUAUGAUUCCACUAAGAGUGGACUGGAUCAUAAAUUUCAAGAUGAUCCAGAUGGCCUUCAUCAGCUAGAUGGAACUCCUUUAACCGCUGAAGACAUUGUCCAGAAAAUUGCUACCAGAAUUUACGAGGAAAACGACAGAGGAGUAUUUGACAAGAUCGUUUCUAAACUCCUGAAUCUUGGCCUAAUCACAGAAAGCCAGGCACACACCCUGGAAGAUGAAGUAGCAGAGGUUUUACAAAAAUUGAUCUCUAGGGAAGCCAACAAUUAUGAAGAGAAACUCAAUAAUCCCACAAGCAGGACUGAGAUUCAGGCUGGAAAAAUACCAGAGAAAGUGGAGACUCCAAUGGCAGCAAUUCAAGAUGGUUUCACUAAUGGAGACAAUGAUGAAACAGUAUCUAAUACCUUAACCUUGACAAAUGGCUUAGAAAGGAGAACUAAAACCUAUGGUGAAGACAACUUUGAGGAACUCCAAUAUUUCCCAAACUUCUAUGCAUUACUGAAAAGCAUCGACUCAGAAAAAGAGGCAAAAGAGAAAGAAACACUGAUUACUAUCAUGAAAACGUUGAUUGACUUUGUGAAGAUGAUGGUAAAGUAUGGCACAAUAUCUCCAGAAGAAGGUGUUUCCUACCUUGAAAACUUGGAUGAAACGAUUGCUCUUCAGACCAAGAACAAGCUAGAAAAAAAUGUUACUGACAAUAAAAACAAGCUUUUCCCAGCACCAUCAGAGAAAAGUCAUGAAGAAACGGAUAGUACCAAGGAAGAAGCGGCUAAGAUGGAAAAGGAAUAUGGAACCUUGAAAGAUUCCACAAAAGAUGAUAACCCAAUAGGAAAACCAGAUGAACCAAAAGGGAAAACAGAAGCCUAUUUGGAAGCCAUCAGAAAAAAUAUUGAAUGGUUGAAGAAACAUAACAAAAAAGGAAAUAAAGAAGAUUAUGACCUUUCAAAGAUGAGGGACUUCAUCAACCAACAAGCGGAUGCUUAUGUGGAGAAAGGCAUCCUUGAUAAAGAAGAAGCCGAUGCCAUCAAGCGGAUUUACAGCAGCCUGUAAAAAUGGCAAAAGAUCCAGGAUUCUUUCCACUGUUUCAGAAAACAUAAUAUAGCUUAAAACUCUUCUAAUUUUGUGAUUAAAGUUAUUUUGACCCAAGGAUUAUUAGAAAGUGCUGGAUUUACAGUAGUUAACCUUUUAGAAGUGGUUAAAAACGGCUUUCUUGCCAUAAAAACUAUCUGAAAAGUAAAGUUGUAUGUAAGCUGA